UGCGUCGAGCGCGUCUCGCUGACCACCUACGCCGUGAUCCGCGAGACGCGCCUGAUCUGGGCCGCGCUCAUCUGGACGGCAGUGUUCGGGCUCCCCCUGUCCAGGAUGAGGUGGCUGGGCAUGGGCGGCAUCAUCUGGGGAGGCUGGAAAACCGCGUAG